AUGAGCCCGGCGGAGCGACGGGGCGGUCUGUCAGCCGCGGAGUGGAAGCAGCUGUACGAGCGCGUGAUGCCGAAUCCGUGCACGAUGAGUGAUUUUCAAAGCGUGGUUCUUGAGGGAAAGUCGCACAACCACUUCUUUGCAAAGGACCUGCACAAGUUAGUUAUGGAGCUCCGCGUCAUCUUGGAGAGCCACGGCGAGCUUAGGAUGGCGGCCAACUUGGCCGUGAAGGGGCGUAAGCCAGACCUCGCCCACGCGGUGGCGGCGGCCCUGAAAUGUUUAGAGUCUGAGCGAAGGCACCUCCGCGCUGAAGGUCUUUCUGGAGCAGAGCUGGAUGAAAGUGUUGCGUUGCCCUGUAACACGUCAUCUCGGGCAGAGAAACGAACGACGGUGGAGGCGGCGACGUCGCCAACGGUUUCACACGCCUCAUCGACCGGCUUGGACCUUUUGCGGAGCUGCCCGCCACUCCAGCGCAACGGGGCGGUUUCCGGCACACCGGAAAUCCCGGCAGGAGUGGGCGACGUGUGUGCAGGACCAUCUGCCUCGGUGUGUGAGACAGGUGAUGAGGCUGUAUUGAUGAAUAGUUCAAUUUCGCCCUUUAGUCGUGUGUUGUGUGUGGUGAAGCGAUUUCAACUGCGUUUUGGCAGUAUUCCAUUGCGGUUUGAGGUUCCUGUACAGUUUGUGGAGGCCGUCGUGGCUCGACGGCUUCGCGUGCAGCUGACACCGUUCCGCUACCCAGCGAUCCCCGUGCGAUGGCCGACGGCAAAAGACAUCGUCGUGUAUGUGAACGACCAGUGCGUUAUGACCCCGUGGAAACGUUCAUGGCCUGAGCGUCGUAUGGAGGUGGCGAAGACGUUUCUUUUGCUAGACAUCACCCAGUUUCUCAACCGCAAUGUUGCCUUCCAAAAGCUACAGAUUAACGUCUUUUCGAGAGAGUAUUUUAGCCAAGUUGCAUUGCUGAUUGUGCAGCCUGUGCCUCCGGAGGAGGUGGUAACCGCCCUCGUGAAACCGUUGCGUGGUCCGCAUGAGGAGACACGAGACGCGGCAAUUUUCGACCUCUACCAGAAGGUGGCGGAGGACGAGGAUGCAUUUUUGGACGAGGUUGAGGCAGACGAUCCUGCAAUUACGAGUAAGUGUCCUAUUUUGCAGUCACGCAUUAGCAUUCCUAUUCGCGGCUCACGCUGCCGACACCUUCAGUGUUUUGAUUGCCUCUCAUUUUUGCUUAGCUGCAACAAGGGGUGCUAUUGGAACUGCCCAUUGUGCGAUGCGGAGCUCCGCCCACGCGACGUUGUGGUGGACACCGUGCUCUGGCGCUACCUCCAGGAGACGGGAGACGCAUGCCCGCUGCAUUUGCGGUUGAAGGGCAAGCGCACGGCGGAGCCGGAAACGAUGCAAAAAAAGGAGGAUGCGGUGAAAGACCGGACCACGGCGCCGUUUCGUUGGGUGCCGCAUCGGAUGCCGAGCGAUGGGCACGGUGUCGUUCUCGACGACGGGGAGAAUGACGACGGCGAGAGCCGCGGCUGCCCCACGGCUGUGAACGGUGGCAACACCCUCGAGAGGGAGGGCGGGACGCAGCGGCCGGAGGAGCUGAACGCAGACUUUGGCCGACUGCUGGGAACCGCUGAGUGUCCGAUUGAGUUGUGA